GGGCGGGCUCCGGGCGGUGCCUCCCGCGGCGGAGCCGAGGGGGCUGCUUCCGUCGGUGGCCGCAGCGGCAGGAUGAGCGGGCCGGGGUUGCUGGGGCCGGGCGGCGGCGCGGGGCUGCCGCCGCUGCCCAAGAGCCUGAGCGGGCUGCUCAACUCCUCGUCCUCGGGCGGCGGCGGCGGCGGCAAUGGCGGGCGCUGGCGAGACCUGGAGCGGCUCUACGCGCAGAAGUCCCGCAUCCAAGACGAGCUGAGCGGUGGCGGCCGGGGCUCGCCGCGCCCGCCCAAGCCUCCCAACCUGGACGCGGCGCUGGCCCUGCUCCGCAAGGAGAUGGUUGGCCUUCGGCAGCUGGAUAUGUCAUUGCUGUGUCAGCUCUACUCCCUGUACGAAUCCAUUCAAGAAUACAAAGGUGCCUGCCAAGCUGACUCUAAUGCAGACUCCUCGUAUGCCCUGGAAAAUGGAUUUUUUGAUGAAGAGGAGGAAUACUUCUAGAAGCAGGAAGAUUCAUCUUGAGGCUGACUGAACUGAGAUUCAUUUGUUCUUCUCUCCCUGUAAAACACCUCAACAAGAAUGACUGGAAUUUGUAUCGAUCCCUCUUCUUGAGGAGGAACACCCAGCUACCCUGAGUUGUGUUAAAUUCUCUUAUUUUAACAGGCUCUCAGUACAAAUUACUCAUGCAAAUACCACUUGAGGAAAGUGCUGUACUUUAACUUUUGAAGAGUCCUCAGACAUGCUUGACAAGAGUUUUCAAUAUAAUUUGCAAGGUGGGUGUUUUCAUCUUACAAAUGUUGGUCGCUUAUAACUGGAAUUUUAAUCGUAGAAGACAGCAGCAACUUCCUGAGUUGUAAUAACUUCAUGAGGAGGGAGGGAAGCCUCUGCUGUGGUGUAAAUAGCAAUAGGUAAUUUUUUUUUUUUGGG